GAAAGGUUCAAUAUCUCCAAUGAAGAAGCUAUUCGUCGAUUACGGCAAAAAGGGGAGCCAAUCCGAUUGUUUGGAGAGAGUGACAAAGAACGAAGACUUCGACUGCGGUCCUUGGAGUUGAUUGAGCAAAGAGGUGAGAAGAUGGGUCAGAAUGAUUUCAUGAAAGCUUUGCGUGGCGCGGAAUCUUCGGCAAUCUCGAGCGAUCUUCUUGGUCAACGCGGUUCCACUUCAUCACCAAAGCCGACUUCUGAAGACGUUAAGGAGGGGUCUUCUACACACAAGGAAGGCGAAGAACAGCGGGAAGGAGUUGGCAUGAACAGCGUGUUAGAUUUGAAUCUAAUCAAGAAAGACAUCAAUAAGGUAUACCCGAUCAUCUAUUACACACUCAAAGGACUUAUGCGGGAUUGGGAAACAUCGUUGGCGGAAAGGCCAAUAGAGAUCCGACAAAGCUCGCAAGGAAAGCUGGUGGCUGCAACUCAAGUACAGACAGCAGACUACAUGAAACCGUUACUCAAACAGCUUCGUCAUCGGAGUGUGAAGCCUGAUGUAUUGGCACGUUUGGCAGAGAUUGUUCACUUUGUGCAAAAGCGAGAAUAUCGAAACGCAAACGAUUCAUACCUUCAACUGUCAAUUGGAAAUGCACCUUGGCCGAUCGGUGUAACAAUGGUUGGUAUCCAUGAACGUUCGGGUAGAGAAAAGAUCUUCAGCUCAAAUGUGGCACAUGUCCUAAACGAUGAGGUCAGCCGAAAGUACAUUCAAAGUCUCAAGAGACUCAUGACAUUCGCCCAAUCACGUUACCCACCUAAAGAUGUCUCAAUGCUGAUGGGAUGA